UCGGCGGCUUCCCGGUGUCACCGUCUCCAGCUACCGCCUCAGCCACAGGACAGGCAACGCGCAGCUGCCACCGCCGCCGCGUCGCUGCCAAACAAGAAACAGAAGAACGCACAACCACAAUGAUCAAAGUGGACGAGGAGGAUCCUAUAGGAGAGGUGGAGCCGAGCUUCCCGUACCGCGACGUGCAGAUCCGUCGCGGCGUCGACAUCCGGGAUCUCUACGACCUUCAGGAAGAAAUUGGCAGGGGUAAGUUCGGCACGGUGUACCGCUGCCGCGAGAAAAGUACUGGUCUCCGGCUGGCGGCCAAAAUGGUGUCCACACCCAAGCGCGAAGACCGCCGCAAUGUGGAGCGAGAGGUGGACGUGAUGCGCGUGCUGCAGCACCCCAGGCUCAUACAGCUCUACGACGCCUUCGACAACGGCAAGACCAUGUGCGUCGUGCUGGAGCUUAUUGAAGGAGGUGAACUUUUUGAAAGAGUCAUCGAUGAUGAUUUCAUCCUCACAGAGAAGUCCUGCACCGUUUUUAUGAGACAAAUAUGCGAAGGCAUGGAGUUCAUACACUCCAAACACAUUCUGCAUUUAGACAUGAAGCCAGAAAACAUAUUGUGCCUCACAAAAACUGGAAACAGAAUAAAAAUAAUUGACUUCGGACUAGCCAGAAAGUUCGACCCAACCAAGAAACUGCAAGUUCUGUUUGGGACACCAGAAUUUGUUGCUCCGGAAGUUGUGAAUUUUGACCAGAUUGGAUUCGGCACUGACAUGUGGUCGAUUGGAGUUAUUUGCUACGUACUGUUAUCUGGCCUAUCUCCGUUUAUGGGGGACACUGACGUGGAGACGAUGGCAAACGUGACCAUAGCCAAAUAUGACUUCGACGAUGAGGCCUUCAAUGAAAUCUCCGAUGACGCAAAGGACUUCAUAGAAAAGCUGCUGGUUAAGGACAUAGAGGGGCGCAUGUCGGCCUCCCAGUGCCUAGCGCACCCCUGGCUCAAGAGAAAGCCUCCCGCCCCUCCUCCACCGCCGGAGGAGCUAGACCUGAGCAAAGAUAACUUGCGCGUGUUCGUGGAGCGCUGGAACGAGCACCCCAACAGCCCGUACCUGUUCGACGGCUGCGGCCAGAUGAUCAUGCCGCUGGCGAGCAGCUCGCUGCAGACGGUGGCGUCGCACACGUCGCUGGGGGGGCUGUCGCCGUCGCCGCCGGGCUCCCUCACCUCCUACUCCUCCUACACCUCCUCGCUGUCGUCCUCGCCCGACUCGGUGCUCGAGCAGCAGCAGCACCAGGUGGCGCUGGGGCAGCGCCGGCCGUCGGCGCCCACGGUGGUGGGCACUCCUCCUUCCAGGGUGCGCCACUUCGAACCGGCAGUGCCCAGCCAGGGCCGCUACCAUCUGGAGCGCCUGCAGACGUUCGAGCGCCGCGCCUCCGAGGGCUGCGCGGUGACGGCGAGGCGCGACUCGGGGCCCCAGCUGCCGCAGGUGCCCGCGCCCGGGGCGGUCAACCUCGCGGACGAGAUCCGCAAGCUGUCGGACAAGCUGUACGAGAUGGCCUCGCUGCUGUCGCCGCCGUCGACGCUGCCGCCGGCGGCCGACGUGGCCAACAACAACGUGCCCGCUCCGGCCGAGCUGCCCCCGCCGCCCCCGUUCCUGCAGGGCCCCCGGCAGCCGGCGGACAGCCCCCCGGCGUGGCGGCGCCAGGCCGGCAAGCACCGCGUCUCCAACCUCAACCGCGACGUGCCGCGCGCGCUGCCAGACCCUCUGCACAACCCCCCGGACCUGCUCCAGCACCUGGUGGUGGCCGAGUGGCGCAGUGACGAGCGCACCGUGGUGCGCCGCGAGUCCUCGACCGCCGGCACCACCACCACCAGCACCAGCAGCAGCAGCACCACCACCGGCAGCUGCGCGACGCAGAGGCGGCAGCGCCCCCAGUUCCCAGUCCAGUGAGCCCCAGCUGUUGCUUGUUCCGCAGAAGGCGCAUGACGGCGGCCCAGGCGCUGCGCCACAAGUGGCUGCAGGGAGUCGCCGCUGUCACUCAGCUGUCCACGGCUAAACUCAAGCGCUACGUCAUCAAGAAGCGCUGGAUCAAGGCCGUCAACACCAUCAUCGCGCU